UUUAAGUCUAAAUGUGCUGUUCUCCAUGCGAACUGACAACUCUCAGGGCCACGACGGUAGAGAAACCAUGACUGCUUGAAGCCUGGAAGACUGCCCUUAAUUAAGGAAAAUCCCUGAUUGUUGUUUGAAAUGCUGAGAAAGUUGCUGCGGAGGAGACUUUUCUCUUAUCCCAUUAAAUACUUCUUCCUCCUUCUUGUUUUUUCCCUAGUCACCUUCUCUGUUUUAAGAAUUCAUCAAAAGCCCGAAUUUAUAAGUGUUGGACAUUUGGAGCUGGUUGGAGAGAAUCCUAGUAGUAAUAUUAAUUGUACCAAAGUUUUACAGGGGGAUGUAGAUGAAAUCCAAAAGGUACAGCUUGAAAUUCUCACGGUGAAAUUUAGGCAGCGCCCUCGGUGGACAACCAAUGACUAUAUAAACAUGACCAGAGAUUGUAAUUCUUUCAUCAAGAGGCAGAAAUAUAUCAUGCAACCCCUUAGUAAAGAAGAGGAAGAGUUUCCCAUAGCAUAUUCUCUAGUGGUUCAUCACAAAAUUGAAAUGCUUGACAGGCUCCUGAGAGCCAUCUAUAUGCCUCAGAAUUUCUACUGCAUUCACGUGGACAGAAAGUCAGAGGAUUCCUUUUUGGCCGCGGUGAUUGGCAUCGCGUCCUGCUUCAGUAAUGUCUUUGUGGCCAGUCAGCUGGAGAGUGUGGUGUAUGCCUCAUGGAGUCGGGUUCAGGCUGACCUCAACUGCAUGCAAGACCUCUACAGGAUGAGUGCAGAUUGGAAGUACUUGAUAAAUCUUUGCGGUAUGGAUUUUCCCAUUAAAACCAACCUGGAAAUUGUCCGGAAGCUCAAGUCGCUAAUGGGUGAAAACAACCUAGAAACUGAGAGAAUGCCAUCCAAUAAAAAAGAAAGGUGGAAAAAGCAUUAUACAGUUGUUAAUGGGAAGCUGACGAACACGGGGACUGACAAAAUGCACCCUCCUCUCGAAACACCUCUGUUUUCAGGCAGUGCCUAUUUUGUGGUCAGUAGGAUGUACGUGGGGUAUGUGCUAGAGAAUGAAAAAAUCCAAAAGUUUAUGGAGUGGGCUAAAGAUACAUACAGCCCGGAUGAGUAUCUCUGGGCCACUAUUCAGAGGAUCCCUGAUGUCCCAGGCUCACUGUCCUUAAGCCAGAAGUAUGACAUGUCUGACAUGCAUGCAAUUGCAAGGUUUGUCAAAUGGCAGUAUUUCGAAGGGGAUGUUUCCAAGGGUGCCCCCUAUCCACCCUGCAGUGGGGUCCAUGUGCGUUCUGUGUGCGUGUUCGGAGCAGGGGACUUGAACUGGAUGCUACGCAAGCACCACUUGUUUGCCAACAAGUUUGACACAGACAUUGACCUCUUUGCCAUCCAGUGUUUGGAUGAGCAUCUGAGGCAUAAAGCCCUGGAGACAUUAAAACAUUGAUGGUUCAUUUUAGUCAACUUUAGAAAUGAGAAGACAUGUGCAUGAGAUGCACCCUACCUGAUUCUUCUGCCUGGUAAUAAACAAACUAUAGGGGGCGCUCUUUGGGUUAGGGACCUCCUUGAAGCUGUGUGAUUUCUGCCCAGCACCAUGGGUUAGAAAGGUUAUAGCAUUAAAUGUUGACCUAGAGUUAGCAUGGGGGGUCAGGGUAGGUUGGGAGGCAUUGUGGGGGGCAGUGGCCCACGUAGCUGGGGAUGCGGCUGAAUGCAAAAACCAGCCUGUUAAAAGAACUCAGGGACUUA